AUGGAUAAUUCUGUAAAAUUAAUUAUAUAUAAAGGCACCAGAAUUUUCGAUAGCGUUAUUGUUACAUCUUAUUCUGCGAUUAAAUAUGAGCAAAAAGUAAGAAAAACUAAAGGUAUGUGUCAAAGAAACGUUGACACGAACAAAGACAGUGAAAGUAAUGGGGUACAAAUGAACAAAAUUUGGUUAAACAAGAAAGGACUGAAUGCCUACAUUGUAUCAGCAUAUAUUAUGACAUUAACUAAUUCACAAACAUAUCGAAAAGCUGCACUUACAAAAUUGUUACAAUAUUUAGCAUACAGAUUGUUGAACAGAUAUGAUUUUUUUAAUUUUAGGAAUGAAAGGAUAACUCAAAUGGCAAUGGAAAGAAGAGAAGUUGAUCAUGCUAUGUCUUGGUUGUCUACUUUGGGUGGAGCAUUUUCUGCUUUGGGAGAAGAAUUUCAACACUGUGCUGAAAUGGCUGGAAAAAUUUCUAUAAAGCAAUUUGAAUUAGCACUUCGUGUCAGAGAUCCCUUUUUAAUUGCUCGUUGUAAAUUGUAUGCUGCUUUGAGUUUAAUUCAACAAGGCCAGUUAAACAAACCAAAAAGAAUGGUAAGGUGUAUUUAUAAAUUUUCUAUUAAACAGAAUGACAUUCGUUUGCAAAAUAUGUGUCAAGGUAUAUGGGCAAAACUUAAAUAUUGUCAUAGAAUACAAAAAAAACGGCAUAAAACUGUCUAUUAG